AUGCGAAGCGGGGAAGCGAACGCACCUGUUUUGACACCGGUACAGCUUCAUCAACGCCAGACAUACUGUCAGGACGACCGUGACUUUCAACAUGGCUCGGUGGUCUACAAACUCGGUGAUAGCUCGUUCUACAGUCAAACACAGUUGGUAGCGGGAAUCAAACGAAGAUAUAGAUGUAACCGAGGCUACGUACUCAAAGGGAGUUCCUGGUCUACCUGUCUAGCAGCAGGGCGAUGGUCUAACGAUCCGCCAACUUGUGAGCCAAAGGGGUGCCCAUCAUUACGUAAGAAGGAGAACAACAUAGCCUAUGUUGGUUACACGAGAGAAAAGGGGACGGAUGGGAGAUACCCACAGGGUACUUCUGGCCAGGUAUUCUGCGACGCGGGUAAGAUCCUGGUAGCGGGUAACGGCUUCACCGAAUGCAACGCAGGAGAGUGGAUCCCUCUUAUACCUCUCUGCUAUGACAUUGAUGUGAUUGCACAAGGAAGAGAGGAUUAUUGUUCAAUACCUUACAUCUGGGCGGGGCAACUCUCCUCCACCGACGUCACCGAGGGCCACGUCGUCCACGGUUUCCAAGUCGACUUCGAGUGUCUGCCGUUCGCCGAACGCGCUUCUCCCUCGCCCAUCACGUGCAUGAGUGGUCAAUGGGAGCCCGAAGAGCCCCGAUGUACACCAAAACAUUGCGCGUUGCCGCCUUUAACACGAGGGCUUCGGAUAGUGGAUGCACCAUCAGGUGCUAUUACACCUCACACUCGAAACCUUACAUUAGAAUGUUCAUCAGCUUAUAUUCUACAGGGUCCCCCUCAAAUUACCUGUUGGUAUGGUGACUGGGCUGGUAACAUACCAACUUGCGACUACCCUAAGACGGACCCACCACCCACCUCACCACGUCCUACCACUAUUCCUACCACCAUCAUUACCACCACAGAGGAACCACGAGACCUCCUACCAAGAUUACCUGGUGAAGAUUAUUCUCAGUGCGGUAAGGCGGGCGACAUCGGCCAGAAGUUAAGGGGUCGUGUGGUCGGCGGUUACGAAGCUAACGAGGCAGCUUGGCCAUGGCAAGCCGCUAUAUAUUGGCAGAGGGCUGACGGCUCAUGGUUUUUCUUUUGCGCUGGUACGGUUAUCGACAAUGAAUGGGUCAUGUCUGCGGGCCAUUGCUUCGGGUAUGACGAGGAUAUCACAAGACUUCAGGUCAAAUUAGGUCUAACAGACCGAAUCCGGGACCAGGGUACGCCGAGGGAACAGGUCUUCUCCAUCAACGGUCUCUACCUUCCCAAGGAGCACGAUUUCAUCGAUUUCGACUACGACAUAGCCCUGCUCCACCUCGCCCGACCAGCCGUCUUGGGACCGUACGUUAGAGCAAUAUGUCUGCCGCCAGAAAUCACUAGUCCCGACGCAGACAAAGAACGAUUAGUAGCUAUCAACUCCUUCGGUAUGGUGGCAGGAUGGGGCCACAGUAAACCAGUAGCAGUUAAUAGCAGUCAGUACACCAUUUAUGAAGAUGUCCUUCAACAAUUACAGAUUCCCGUACGUCCGCGUCAAGCCUGCGUCAACAGCCUCCGUGAGGUAGGCGAAGACGAAACGCAAUUCACCAUCAACAUGUUUUGCGCCGGGUACAACCGGAAACCACUGGAUACCUGUUUCGGUGACUCCGGCGGACCUCUGAUGCGGCACAUAUUUCACUCGGUGGUCGGUCGAGACGGGAUCCAGCGAAUGCAGAAACGAUGGGUCCAAGUCGGCAUCGUGAGCGCGGGAAAAGGCUGCGCAGUAGAGGGACAAUUUGCAUUUUAUACGCAUGUACCGAGACUUGUGAACUGGGUGUAUUCUGUGAUCAGAGCGAACCACACACAAUCAGGGACGGAGCUCGUUCAAUUAUAAGAAUUGACUCUCUACGAAAAUGGAAUCCGGUACUCUGAAGUUGACGUAAAAGCAUGGAACGUUGUGGAAUUAAUUCAUCUGUCUUUUUCAAGGCCAGUCGUCGACGGACAUCUUGCUUCGCAACGUACCAUUUAAACCUAGCAUUCAAAACUCUCCGGUUAUAAAGUACGUGGUACUGAUGCAUUCAUGUAGUCACAAGCAUGUUGUGAGCAGGAUCUGGAACAAAAUGCAUGUACUAGCAUUUGAAUAUGCGUCCGAAAAAUGGCCGAACCCCGGAAGUCCGAUGCUACAUGAGAACUUAAAGGUCAAAUAUUGAAGGAGUCCAACAUUCUUCCUCCCACUCGGAUCGAGUGGAUAGGUAUGCCAGUCAAAACUGUCCGACGGAGCAUCUCACGGCGUGGACGAAAUCAACCGUUACACAAGAUUCACCUCCCCUUUAUGAUAAAAUGAAACAAAUAAUGAAAUGCAAAUUUUUGAGAAUUUAGUAUUAAUGCAAGUGUGCAACACCCUUAGGGGUGCAUUGUUCUAAACUUCUUAGAAUCAAAUUCUCAUUUAUCAAGAAGUCGAUGCAUUUAGUUCGAGGGGAUGAAUUUUAAAUUCUUGAGCUAACGUAAUGUUUGAAUGUUGUGAAUAUUAUAUAUUUACAAAAUAUUGUUUUUAUAUUUGUUAUUUAUGAAUUGAAGCAAACUAAAAAUGUGUACCAAUGAUAGAUUGACGUUUAGUAUAUGAUAUUGCACAUGUAUAUAACUAAAGUUGUACAAAUCUUCAAAUAUUCUUUUAAGUGAUUGUGAUUCCGUAAAUUUGUGAGUGCAUAUGGAAUGCAGUAUCUAGAACGAAGUUUAACACAUGACAAUUUCUUUUUUGUGUUACCAUUCUUAUUAAUUUUGUCUUGGUUGUCAAAUGCUUACGUUUUUACCUCAAUUGUAAAAUGUGCAUGCCGAGGAGCAAAUUAUGACGACAAUAUACAGUGUAAGCCCCUCCCCAAGCACCCCCCCCCCCCUCUUCUGCAAAAAGAUUGUUGUGUCUGUUCAAGAGCAUAGAUUACACAAAGAUAAACUGAAUGUUCAGCUGUUUAAAAAAAAAUAGUUUCGCGUAUAGGAAAUGAUCUUUUUUGCUUAAAUACAUUAUUUCAUGUCAUUUCAGCCGUGUUUGCAAUGCCCCUCCCCCAUCAUAUAUGGGAUGGGUGAUGUUGAGAUGCAAAAUGUAUAGAAAGCAAACCAUCUACUUGGAGCUGCAAGGGCGUUAGCAUCAAGUUUACGAUUCAACGCCCUUUUGGGUCUAAACAGACGUGGUGCAUAUCGAAAGAUGCGUGGUCUCAUCUUUCAACAUUAAAAAAGGCUGAUCACAAAUGUAUUCAAAUAUCCUACAGAUUAGUGGCGUAGCUAAGGGGGCACUGGGGCGUGUACCCACAACCGAUGGCAAAAAAAGAGAGAAAGGGGGAAAGAAAUAUAAGGAGAAAAUAAGAAAGAAUGAAAGGGAGAGGGGAAAGUAACGUGAAGAGGAGAUGAUAAGCACCCCCUCACACCCACCUCCCCCUAUUCAAUGCUUGGAAAUUCAUAUUUCACCCAUCUUGUAAGGCUGGUCUCCCGCUCCCCCAUGAUCCCAGCGCCCCUUCAAUGAAUCGACCCAUGCUACGCCACUGCUAAAAUUCAAAUUGCUAUUAAUGAAAUACUGCAUUCAUUAGGCAUUAGUUCUUUAAGUAUAGGCUGCAGAGGUUGAUUGCAAGUCGUCAAGUCAGGCAAAGCAUUUACAUUCAUGCGAUGGGAGUAGUUUUAAAGUAGGGAGCGCACCUCAUGAGAAACACCCAUCGCCCGCCCCCCCCCCCUGUAUCCACCAUUUUGAGUUGCCAAUUCACGUUACAUAUUACCCUACUGAUUAUCAAACGCAGGGAAGGAGUAUUAUAUCACUAUCUGCUACCUCUAACUCUCCUUACCCGCAGACCAAUCGUGCUAACGAAUUAUCAUUGCAAUACAAAAUACAAAUGAUAUGUGAUAAUACUUGGCAAGAAAAUUAUUAUUGUUGGAAAAUAUUCUCAAUUUGUAUAAUAGAAUGUCAUAAAUCACUGCCAAUGCCAACGGAAUUUUAAGAGUUACAUCGCAAAGCGGAAAAAAAAUGUUGUCUGUAUGUGUUUUGACUGAUCCUUGAACAAAAUCUAUUACUAAAAAAAUCUAGUUUUCUUAAACUGAUACUGCUGUUUUUCCGUUGAACUGAAGUAAAACUUGAUUUGUUUAAUCUUUAAUUUAGAGUUAUGUAAUUUUGUUGAGGACAGGGUAUUAUCAUCAUAUCACAGUCUUGAGGAUUUAUUUGAAACUCGUUAUCGUUGCAUUGUAUGUACUGUAAAAUAAAACUGUAACAUAUACCAAAA